GUGACAUUGUGUUUGUGCGGUGUCACGUGGUUAACGCGUCCUCCUCCUGCGGACGGGUUGAAACCGACAGAGAUCGGCUGAGGUUCUGCUGCGGAGCUGCGGGGAGAAAUAAAACCAGGAUCCCGCUCAGUGAGAGUCUGACACACACCCAGCUGCUGCACGUUCACCCCCGGUAUGUCCGCGGUCUGUGUGCUCAGGACUCGCUGCUUCCUCCGGCAGGUCUUCCCCGGCCUCUCCGCCGCCAUGAACAGAAGCUACAGCCUGGACGUCACCGCUCCGCUGCUCCGGACGCAGGGCUACGUGGACGGCCGCUGGGUCUCCGCAGCCUCGGUGUUCCCCGUCCUGGACCCGGCCACUGGGCAGGAGAUAGCCCGGGUGGCUGACUGCGGCCCGGCUGAGGCCAAGCAGGCGGUGGACGCUGCGUACAAGGCGUUUCACUCCUGGAAGCAGUACUCCGCUAAGGAGAGGAGCGUCCUGCUGAGGAAAUGGUUCGACCUCUUGACGCUGCACAAAGAAGACCUGGCUAAACUGAUCACAUUCGAGUGUGGGAAGCCGAUGCGGGAGUCUCUCGGGGAGAUGGCGUACUCGGCCUCCUUCCUGGAGUGGUUCUCAGAGGAGGCUCGGCGAGUUUACGGCGACAUCGUCCCCUCGCCCGCCAAAGACCGGAAGAUCCUCCUCCUCAAACAGCCGGUGGGGGUCGCCUCCAUCAUCACACCGUGGAACUUCCCCAGCGCCAUGAUCACCAGGAAGGUGGGGGCCGCUCUGGCCGCCGGCUGCACGGUCGUGGUUAAACCGGCUGAGGACACGCCGCUGUCGGCGCUCGCUCUGGCUGAGCUGGCGGAGCAGGCGGGGAUCCCGGCGGGGGUGUUUAACGUGGUUCCUUGCUCCAGAGAGAAGACUCCGUCGGUCGGGGAGGUCCUCUGCACCGACCCCCUGGUGGCUAAAAUCUCCUUCACUGGCUCCACGGCCACCGGCAAGGUGCUGCUGAAACUGGCCGCUGACACUGUGAAGAAGGCGUCCAUGGAGCUGGGAGGCCACGCCCCCUUCAUCGUGUUCGACAGCGCUGAUGUCGACAUGGCAGUGGGCGGAGCCAUGGCCUCCAAGUUCAGGAACUCUGGACAGACCUGUGUGUGUUCGAACCGGUUCCUGGUCCAGAGCGGGAUCUACGACCGCUUCAUGGAGAAACUGGGCCGAGCGAUGGACGCCGAGCUCCGUCUGGGUCACGGCUCAGAGCCAGAAACCACCCAGGGCCCGCUGAUCAACACCAGAGCUGCAGAGAAGGUGGCCCAUCAGAUUUCAGAUGCUGUGUCCCGGGGAGCGAAGCUGCUGAAGGGAGGGAAGCGACUGGACGGCUCGUUCAUGGAGCCGACUCUGCUGGGAGACGUCACCACAGAGAUGCUCUGUACGAAGGAGGAAACCUUCGGGCCGCUGCUGCCCGUCAUCAGGUUUAACUCCGAGGACGAGGCUCUGGCCAUCGCUAACGCGUCUAAUGUCGGGCUGGCAGGAUAUUUCUACUCGCAGGAUGUGAGUCAGAUCUGGCGGGUGGCCGAGGCCUUGGAGGUGGGGUUAGUCGGAGUGAACGAGGGCCUGCUGUCCACCCCGGAGGCCACCUUCGGCGGGGUCAAACAGUCCGGUUUGGGCCGCGAGGGAUCCAAGUACGGCAUCGACGAGUACCUGGAAAUCAAGUACAUGUGCUUCGGAGGCCUCAAACCCUGAACCAGGACGGAGUGGCGCCCCCAUCCAGCGGUACGACACUCGUAUGAAGGGAGUAAUCACUAACGUGGUUCUAAGUGUAGAUUCAGGCUGUAAUUGAUUUAUUGUUAAUGUUAAUUCCCCUGACAACAUGAAAUAACCCUUUAAAUGAGGAGGUUUCGCUGUGACCACGCAGGUCAACCACUCUGUUAAUUAAUGCUGUUAAUUAAAGUCUAAAGUGACAGUUUUAGUUAGAGCUUAUGUAGGAAUCAUAAAUGAUCCCGUCUGACAUUCAGAUUCACGUCAGGUUGGUUUAGUUCAGAGGCAAAGUAAAAUGGUUGAUCGUUGGAUGUGAGGAGGGGCGGAGCUCUGAGACCAGGCAGGAAGUGACUCUUAUUUUCUCAUACGUUGCCUUUUCCUAAGAAACUGCUCAUAUGUAGAAUAAGAAAAAAACAUUUCAGGCAAUAAUUAUUUUCUGUGUGUUGAACAGCAUCAGUUGUAAUAAUUCCUUCAUGCUGACCGUCUUUGUCUUUUAGUUCAGACUGAAACAUGUUCAACCAAACAUGACAUGAUUAUGUUUUGAUCUGGGUGAAUACUCAUUUCUGAUUGGCUAGAUGACGUUAUACCACAGUCUCUAUCCACCAAUCAAAAUAUAAUGUCCUGUUUAAAUCUUAACUUUGACAAACUUUCUCCUCCUUGGAAAAAAUGUUAUUUUACCACAAUCAAGCAAAACAAAGGUUAGAUUAAUGCUUUAUUGUUCACGUUUUCAAACAAUAAUUUUUACUUUUACAAGACAAAAAGAUUUGACAAUGCAAAGUCGUCUCAGGUAAAGGUCCCCCAAUUCAAUAAAGACCAGACCAGAUCCACUAAUUUUAACCCAAACUCAAACCCAGGACCAGCUCCCACACUGUGGCUAUCUAGCCUACAUCUGACCGCACAAAAUAAUGUAGUUUGCUAAUAAACAUCCUUGGAAGGAACACUCUGUUACUGCUUUAAUAAGCUAGUUAGGCAUGCUAACGUUAGCAGAGCAGACAGACUCAUGUUAAAGCCAUUCUUUACAGUUUUUCUCUUUGGUUAUCAGAAAGAUGAUUAAAAAGACUAGACCAAACUCUUCAGUCAGAAUUCCAACCAUGACUCUCCGCCUGUGCCUAGUUACAGUUGCUAAGCUGUGAUUAGACAAAGACUGUUUAGGGAGGGGCUUAGCAAACUGUCAGUUUAGAAUGUUGGUUAAGAAGUUACAUGAGAUCAAAGAGUAAUGAGCUUCCAGCCAAUCAGCAUCUAGUAUUCUGUCACCAUGGUAAAAAAUCUUAAAAACAUCUGAUUGACCUUUUAUUUUUUAAACUUCCCACAAAGCAACAACUUUCCACAGAAGCACAUGAAUUUAGUUUCAGACAGAAAAGAAGCUGCCCUCUGGACUGUGGUACAAAAGACUCAUUUACUGUGAGAAAACUAAUUAAAAAGCACAAAAGAUUUUUGUACAUUCAUUGUGUUUGUACUGAACGUCCUGAUGUCCUGUAGUAGGCAUGUUGUUGUAAAAACCGUAUUUUUGUAAUGAUUAAAAUACUUCAAUAUGCUUACAUAAUGGAACAGAUAGAGACAUGUUCAGAUUGGGUCCAAAAAUAAUUUCAAACAUCACAGUUAGGCCAUUAUUCAUUAUCUGUGCCAUUUAUACAAAACUGACAGUGUGUUAGUUUUGUUACUUUGUGAACCUUAGCUCAAGUCCUUACAUACAGUAAUCUGUUAGAGAUCAGUAUUGCUGAAACGUGUUGAUGAAUAAAUAAACAUGUUGAAUGCGUGACCUGAUGUGAACGUCAUGUCUGCAUGCACCGAGUCUUUCUGGAAGAGAUAAAUGAUAAUGCGAAAGAUAAAGGACUGAGUACCAUUAAAAGAUGUCAUCCAUUAUUGUAAUAUAGUAGUUUAACAGAUACCUUGUUACUGUGUCGAUGAAUGAGCAGGUUUUUUCUGAACCUCAGAAGUUAAAGCACAGGGAGCUGAGUUCUGAUUUUUAUCAGUGCUGAACAACAGAACUGUGGUUUCGGUUCAGUACUGAUCAGUCUAACUGGUCGAGCUGAUCGAGUCUGAUCAGACUGAUGUGACAUGAACAGGAUUUUUCAGUUUUACAGCUGGUUUAACAUUAACUGUCAUUAUAUUAAGAUGAUGUAACUGUGAGUAGGGAUCUCAUAAUUUGGAGAUACAGAUUUAGAAAUGUGGAGAUAACCAGGGCUCAUAUUUCCUCCAACAGAAACCUGAUGAGGGUUUUUUCUUUUUUCCAGAAAUUGAAGCCACACACAGAUGAUUAUAUCAGAGCAGUAAAUGACCGUCCACUGUUGUUCAGCACUGACUCUUCUGUUGCUUGGUUUGUACAGCACAUUGUGUUUCUAAUAUAAAGUGUAAUUGGUUUUAAUUGUUCUAUACUUUGUCGUAGUUUAAGUUGAUUUUUGUAUUUCUGCCUAAAGAUAUUAAUGAGAAAAUUAAAAACUGAAGGAGUA